AUGAUUUCAUUAGGUCUCCAAUAUCAAUAUAACGUAGAAGUAGAGGGAGUAAUUUUUGACAUCAUUGCUCCUCCAGACCUAUUAGACGAUGACAAUUUAGAGCCAAUCGAAGAAGAUGAAUGA